AUGCAGAAGCAAAAGAAGUUUCAAGUGGAUGUGGAGGACCCAUAUACGCUCCAAUCUGAGCUGCAGUUUCCAGGCUUGGUUGUCCUAGAAAUAUUUGCCCACUGGUGCGACGUCUGUAAGUCUAUCGACCCUAUUUUUCGGAAUCACUUCGUCGACCUUGCUACGCGGAAGCUGAAGUUUGUCCGGGUGCAGCACGCGUUUGUCCCCUGGCUGCGUAGGUACCACGGCCGCUGUCGACCAACCUUUUUAUUCUUCGUCGGCGGCUCUUUAAAGGAGAUUGUUGAGGGCAUUGAUACUCCUAGACUGGAUACACUGAUCCCUCAGCUUGCGCCUGAAAACGAGGUUCCUUUGGAAAAGUUUGUUCCUGAAGAGCGUUUCCCAGAGCUCAACACCGAUGAGGUGUACCUGCAGUACCUUACCCGUGUCGAGGAGCUGGAGCGUGAACGCACGAUCGCUAUUGAGGCAGGCACAGACACAGACAUAGAUCCCCGUGGGGAGUACAACUCUCUAGUUAAGGAGUUUGAGAGUAAGUUCCAAUUGCCGAUGUCAGCAUACUCUCCUGGGUCAUUUAGCGGCGAAAGGCCUCCACCAGUAGUAGCGAAGAAGAGUACAGAGAGCACGACUUUACAAGCAACCGAAUUCGUUAUGCAGCAAUCUACAGAAGAACAGAAAGAGGUCAUUCCUCCUGAAGCAGAGCCCGAUACUAGCACUGUUCAACCAACGCAAGUAGAACUGGACGACAAGCCCGCUGAACAAGCUAAGGACGCUGAGGAUGUCGCAGAUAGUGCCGACGCUAAUGCUGAGGCAGAGGAAGAGGGACAAAAGCCAUUGUCCGAUGUCGAUGAAGAGCGUCUACGCACACCCGAGUCCAGAAACAGCACAGAAGACGACCAGCACAGAUCUGCAGAGAAGAACGAAGAUGGGUCUGCGCUGGAUCAUCCAGAUGUUGAGGGCCACGGAGAUGCUGUGCGUCUAGAUCGAGAGCCGCUUAAAGAGGGGCAGGAAGACUCAGAAGGCGCCUUUCACUAUGAAACAGGCGCCAGUACAGAAGAUGACCAGGAUCAUCAGCAAGGCUUGGAUAGUCAGCGCUCCUAUGAGCAUCCCGCAGAGGAGACACCCGUAGACCAACCUGGGACAGAACAGGGGCAACCCGAUGCUGAACAACACCAAGAAGAGGGGACAUAUGAGACAGAGGGAAAUACUGGAUUGCCAGAGGUUGAUAACCCCCCUGAGGAUGCUCCUGAGAACGAGGGCCUAGAAGAAAAGGAGGAACCAGCACGAAAUAUAGAGUCUGCUGGGACGAACGGGACAACCGAUGUGCUCGAUUUUGCCUACACGCCCGAGAAUGUGGACGGAGACAUAGUGGACCUGCUGGAAACAGAGGAGGCCAACCAGGGGCAAUGA